AUGAUGCCCGCCGGGUGUGUGAAUCCAACACCUCAGAACCAAGGGCAACGAUCAGUGAAGGCUCCGGCGACGUCACGGGAUCUUGCCGACCAGCCUGCUACAACACCGGGAGUCGCAGUGAAUCGGACGCUUCGAUUGACGGAAGAGCUGACCGAUGACUUGGACGAAAAAGAGCGCAUGUGUUCUGCGGCAACGGAGCUCGAAACAGCUUCAAGCGACGAUAACAGCGAAGGCACGGACAUUGCAGCCGUCGAAGUACUGCAGGACUUGUUGCUCGGGGACUCACAGGUGAAAGCUGCUCCCUUGAAGGUGCAAAUGAAACCGGAAGUGGCCCAGGUGAAGUGGGGACUACGUGGUUACCCUCCCACGUAUGUGGCGUUCUUGGACAGCCAUGCCCUGGAACUGGAAGAGGCUGGUCUGGUAAUCGUUCCUAAAAAGGAUCCGGGAGACUUACGUAUGACGAUUGACUCGCGACCGAUCAACGCGUGCAUCGAGGGAGACAAGUUGGUGCUUCUGCUCAAGGUAUUGAACAUUUGCCGGUCGUACGGUCUCAAGGAUGACACGAGCGAGUUUGUCCGUUUGCAAACCGCCAUGCCUGCCACCGCCGCGGAGACAGCUGCUGCGCUGACGGAGUCGUGUCUGUUUGAUGUUGUGACGACGUGGGUAUCUAUCUGA